CAUCGAUGGAGCUCUAUUUGUGUACUGUUUCUAUGGCGAAUUUUAGCUAAUGAAAACACUGGCACUGGACAUCAAGUUUUACAGUCUUGUUGGUCAGAAUGUAACAUAAUGGUAGAACCACCAAGGCAUUUACCUACAUUUUCCUGCUCACAGAUUGUACUCUGCUGCAUGAUUUUAAGAUGUCAGAACAAGAUGUUUGCUGGAUGAUACCGUGAUGCCUGGGGCACUUCGCCCAGUAGCAGUUGUCUGCUACAUUUGCGGGAGGGACUUUGGAUCCAAGUCCAUCGGAAUACACGAGCCGCAAUGCAUGAAAAAAUGGAAGGCUGAGAACAGCAGCCUCCCUAAGCAUCAGCGUCGUCCUCCUCCUAGGAAACCUGAUUUAUUACCUGCCGUCAAUGGCUCAUCAUCCCAGGAUAUAGAGCGGUUUAACCAAGCUGCCUUGAAGUCAUCACAAGCCCAACUGCUACCAUGUCCAAACUGUGGGCGUACCUUCCUGCCAGACAGGUUGCCAGUCCAUCUGAAGAGUUGCAAGGGUGGCAAUGCAAUAAGCAAGAGAAGAUUGGAAAGUGCUGGUAGUGUGGCUAGAUCAUGGUCAGGUCCAGAUACCCAGACACCUAGACCACCCUCUAGACAGGAUAGGCCUGGAACAGCUACCCUUUCCCGUCCCAGCUCUGUUACCCUCCAACAGAGGAAGCAUGUAACCGUUACGCCCGUGAAAACCCCGGUCGGAAGGCAACAGAGCAACACCCAAGGGGGAGCUGGUUUCCAGCCAACACCACCACCACAGAAACGUAGAUCUCAAUUAACAUCUACGUCACAGGCAUCGUCACCUCAGAAGCCUCAAACUGUUGUCUGCUUUAUCUGCGGAAGAGAAUUUGGAAGCAAGUCGAUCUCCAUCCAUGAACCACAAUGCAUGCAAAAGUGGAAAGUGCAAAACAGUCAGCUCCCAAAACAUUUGCGGAGACCCCCUCCCAAGAAACCCCAGGCUCUUGGUCAAGGACAGCCCAUGGGUGUUGGUGCAGAAGCCUACAAUGCGAUAGCAUCCCAGAGUGCAAGUUCCCAGCUUGCUCCUUGCUCUAGGUGCGGGAGAACCUUUGCUUUGGACAGGAUUGAGAAACAUGAAUCCAUAUGCAGCGUGAAAUCUGGCACCGCACCUUCACGCGGCAAGACACCAUCAGAGGGUAACCAACAACUCAGCUCUUCGAAAUCUAGGAGCGGUCCUCAAAGCUUUCAACCAUCUCCUCCCUCAAAGCCAAGAACACUUGUCUGUUAUAUAUGCGGCCGAGAAUUUGGCAGCAAGUCCUUGCCAAUCCAUGAACCUCAGUGCUUACAGAAGUGGAAAAUACAGAAUAGCAAGCUACCCAAGGAGCACCGUAAGCAGUUGCCCAGGAAACCAGAUGCCUCUGGAGGAAAAUCAGCCAAUGAGGCUGCUAUGGAUGCAGCCAAUGCUAACCUUGUGGCUUGUAAAAAAUGCGGCAGGACCUUCAAUCCUGAUAGGAUAGAGAAACAUCAGUCGAUAUGCAGACCGAAAACAGGGACUGUGCUGAGACCAAAAACAGCCACAUUGAGUCUUGGGAAAGAGAACCAGAUGAAUAGUUCAAAGUCAAGAACUCCAAAGACUCCUAUCCCUCGACGGCCCAUUACCGUGGUCUGCUACCUCUGCGGACGGGAGUUUGGAAGCAAGUCGAUAUCCAUCCACGAACCCCAGUGCCUCAAGAAGUGGCACAUCGAGAAUGAUAACUUACCCAAGAAGCUACGCAGGCCUGAACCAGUCAAACCUGUUGUAACAGUGAUCCCCACCACAGGAAACAAGAGUGGGGGUUAUAAUCUUGAUGCCAUGAAUGAAGCAGCAUAUAAGGCAGCACAAGCUAACCUUGUGCCUUGUGACAUCUGCGGUCGUACCUUCCUCCCAGACAGGUUAAUGGUCCACAAGAAAUCAUGCAAGCCCAAGAAAGGAAGCAGCCUUCAGGGACCGGUGUCUUGAGGGAACCAUCUCAGAAAAUGUCAGCUAGUUCCCCUGCCCAUAAAGCAGUCUUUCAGUCCAAAUUACCAGAAUAAUUUGACUUGAUGGGACUGUCUCAGAAGUGUUUC